AGUAUGACAGUGGAAAAAUAAAAAAUGUCAGUGGAAGUGUGGGUGGACUCUAAAAUAGUGAUUUUCCAGUGAUUUUAUGGUAUUUCCGCACAAUCUCUCACCACCACUGUGUUCUCUGACCAUCGGGCUGCCAGUGGACACUGGGGGUUGUUGGGAAUUGUGGCCUAAAACGUGCAAAAAUGGAAUCAUCACCGCCACCCAUCAAACCACCCCGUCGUGAAAAAUACUCCAAGGAAACGACUGGCUGUGGGCUGCUGGUGUCUGUGAUCAAGACACUCGAUGCCAGUGAGACAAAUGAACAGAGGCAGAAGGAGAAGCUGAAGAUUGAGAGGGAGUUCAAGAAGAGCGAUCAGCUCCUCAAUGAACUCGUCUCCAAGCACGAUGGUGACCUCACAAAGGUUAUGCAACUCUUUGGAAAAGUCUCCACGCAUGUCACAAUGUCACGUGAGAAAAUCCACACGGUCAAGGAGAAUCUACAUGCCUGCAAACAGCUGCUCAGGUGUCGCCGGGAAGAGCUCAAGAAGCUCUGGACGGACGCCGUGCAGCAGAAGUAUGUCCUGGAGAUGUUUGACCAAAUAAAUGAACUGCGAAAAGUUCCGUCAAUUGUCACAGCCUAUACCACAAAGCGUCAGUAUCUGCACGCCACAAAGGCCCUUACAUCGGCAAUUGCCGUGGGUGAAGGUGCUCUCAAAGAAGUUGAGGGUCUCAAUGAUUUGCGUCACGAUCUCGAAGUGCGCAAGAAUCAGUUGUAUGGGAAAUUGCUGGAAGAACUGGCGAAAUAUCUGUAUCACGUGAAUACCAGUGAAUUCCUGUCGGGCUUCCAGCGUCAGGGUUCGGGACGCAACAGUUCGUACGCUGUCAGUCCCUUCCAGCGGAAUCCGCUGAGGAAGUCUGCUGAGAGGGCAGAGUCCAAUUCGAAGGUUCGCCGUGCACUGUUUGAGAUGCAGCAGGGUGCCUUCGAUGUGGACAAAACGGAGAUUCUCGAAGAUGGAGAAAUGGUUGAUGCUGAACUCAAUUCCACUUACUACAUUGGCAUCAUUACCGAAUGCUUCGCUUUGCUGAACAAAGUGCCUCAAUCACUGGAGACAAUACAAGUACAAAUGCAGAGUGAACUGAGUGUGAUUGUGACCAAGACGACGCAACAUAUUGUGGCACUGGGACCUCCGGUGCCGGCUAUGGAGGGUCAGACGACGCCUCAGCAUCCACUUAUUGAAUUGCUCGAGUUACUCUUCAAGCAAUUCAAAAUUGUGGCUGAGACGCAGAGUUUGCUCCUCAAGAACUACUCCAAUGUCAUCCAGAGAUACAAGUUGAACGUUAAGAACAAUGACAUUGUGGACUAUUGGAAUCAGGCUCAGAUUGUGGUGCAAAAUGUUCUUGUGGAUUACUUGAACAUUGACAAUCCGACCAACGAUGAGCAACAACCAUCGACAUUCCUCGAGCAAUCGACCAAUCUCAACACGUACUUUAGUCGUCGGAAGAUGCCACACAAAAAAACUCUGUUUAAAUUUGAUAAAUCCGCUCAUACGGUCAGUGUUAGUGGAGAUGCUAAGGAGCAUCGUAGAAAUUUGUCAGACAUUUCCUGCGAUGAGACCAUUGUGUUCGAUCCGGGUCACACGAGUACGGACAAGAAGAAGCGAGAACGGCUUCUGGUCUGUCAGCCAGAUCUCAGUCUAAUCCGAACCAUUUACCUGCCGCUCAUGAAUUAUGUGUUUGAGAUUGAGGCGAUUGGGAAGACGGGACAGAAGUGUUCGUUGCAUACAUUUCUGGCGCAGCACGUCAAAGAGACAUUCCUGGCCCGAGGGCACAAUAGAUCCCUGCAGAUGACCAUUGAGUCACUGUCGAAGACCCAGGAUGCCUGGAAGGCAAUUGUGGGUCCGGAUGAGAUCAAGAGGUUGGGUCUCAAUAGGCCUUUGCUGCAGAGUACGGUUAUGGUUGAGAGUCGAAUCCGGGAGACGAGCAAUUUGAUACAGGAUCUGCCGAAUUACUCGGAAGAUCUGCUCAAGAUGAUCUGUGCUCUCCUCAAGACGUACCGAGAAACAUGUCAGGCGGCCUACAGAGGAAUAGUUCAGCCAGAGACUGAGGAUAAGAGAAUUUACAGUGUAGCGUGGCUCAAGGAUGACGAUAUCAGUAGAUUCUUGAAGACCCUUCCCAACUGGACGGAUCUCAAGAUGUCCAACAUGAGGAGGCAGCAGUUUGGAAAGGGCCUUGGGGCGAAUCCCUAUGAAAUGUCGGAGGAAGAGAGUAUGGCUCAGGUGCAACAGAGAAAUAUCCGGGAAGCUGAAAUGCUGACCAGCAAUCUCUGCGAAGGAGGGAUCUCACAGUUUGAGAUUCUAUCGGAUGUUGGAGUUCUCAAGGAGUUGGCUAUUCUUCAGCAAAGCAUGGAAUGGUUCUCCAGUCGAAUAUCAGAAUUUGCCAAUAAUCUGCGAAAGCCAAUUGUUAAUGGAUUGGUGUCAAAUGAACUGAUAUCACCCGUUGUGGUACAAGAUGGUACGAUAAAGGUGCUGACGAAUUUGGCCCUGGAAUUUGAUGAAUUGGCCAAUACGUGCCUCCUGGUGCUGCAUCUGGAAGUGCGUGUUCAGUGCUUCCACUAUUUGCGCUCAUAUCCGUCAGACAGGACAAAGGGUGACUUCCACAAGGGAGACAAUCUCGAACCCGAUUCAAAGGUGCUGAAACUCACAAAAGUCCUGUCUGACAUGGAUGAAGCCUUCAGUUCGACUCUGCAUCCGCGAAAAGUCAAAUAUAUCUUUGAGGGUUUGGCCCAUCUGGCGGCCAGAAUACUCAUAAUGGCGUCCAAUUCCAUGGAAGUGAUCGAUCAGGUGAGUGUCCAGAGGAUGUGCAGAAAUGCUCAGGCACUCCAACAGACACUGAGUAGUAUCACGGCAACGCGCGAGGUGGCGUUGGAUCAUGCGAGAAAUUUCUACGAAAUGCUGUACAUGAAGCCUGAGGAAAUUCUCAAUCAAAUUGUGGAGAAAGGUGCCCAAUUCACCGAAAUGCAAUAUUUAAAUGCUCUACAAUUAAUUUGCAAAAAUCGUGGAGUGACUGAUCAGAAUAUGUUGGCAACAUAUCAGCAGAAAUUGGCGGAUUUGCUGGGGCCAAAGCCUCCGCUUGGUGUGACUGUGUGAAAAAGUGCGAAAUCAGACCUUUUCUCUCUAAAUUUUUUUUUUGUUACAAAUAUUUUCCUCCACUCCCACGUAAAUUUUCCUGCCGCGACCACGUGAAAAUGACGACCACGAGAUUUUCCCCUCCCGGAAAUAUGCCAAUAAGGUAAUUAUUCUUCUAUUGCAGUUUAUUUAAUUGUUCAAUUUAUUUUUUGUAUAUUAUUACAUUAUACCAUUCUAGUUGAUUAAUUUA